UACAAACAUGUUGGAUCCACAAGGUUCCCAGAAAGCUACGCCAGGUGAAUGACGCAGGUUACACUCCCCAGCUGGUUUCCACUGGGCCUUUUCACCAUGCUAAACCAAACUUGAAGGCCAUGGAACAUCAUAAAACCAAGUAUCAGCAGGAAUUCUGGAAAAGGGAUUUCUGCAAACACAUUGGAGAGAAUGAUAUUGAAGAUUUCAUGAGGACAAGAAGAUCGCCGACAACGCAUCUGGGAUAGUUACGCAGGAACAUUUGAGCUCAGGAACAAUCCGGACCUGUUCUUCAGCGUGAUUCUACGAGAUGCCCUGUUCAUCUUUGAGCUGUUUUUGAGGGACUUUGAAAAUCAGCUUGGAAAUAAGAAGCCUGAUGAAGUGAAGGAUUAUAUAUUGAGAACACCGUGGCUGAGGAAUGUUAUAGAGUUGGACUUAAUAUUACUGGAAAAUCAGCUUCCCUUUUUUAUUUUCACAGAAAUGUUUGACUUCAUCCUCCAAACACAGCCGGAUAAUCAAGUGGAUAUGGAUUUGCCUUUUUAUCUAUCAAAACAUGGUCACCAAGGGGCGCUGGCAGGAUUAGAUGGAAAGAAAAUCCCACUAUUCCUUUCCACAUUUUGCCAUUGAAUUUUUCAGUAAUUAUUACUGCAUUGGAAGAGCUUUCUGCGAGGAAACGCUGGAAAAAGUUGAUCACUUUCAGCAACGCUUCAAUGCAGGUGGUUUGCUAAGCAUAGCCGAAACUAGACCACAAUUCAUCGCUGACGAUAUGAUCUGGGUCACCGAAACUAAUUUCUUCAAGAAUAUCAAACAUUUCAAUGAUAUGGUCAGAAAGUUUCUGUGUCCAACUGAUCUGAUGGUUCUGCUGUCUCAACCUGCUCAACCAAAUCAACCACCCUGUUCUUCUUGUUAUUCUCAAACAAAAACAUAGGUCAAUUAUAAUGGCAUGGAAGACCCAUCUGUUCAUUAUACCACCUGUUUUUACAGUGCUAAGCAACUGGAUAGAGCAGGGGUGAGCUUUGUGCCCUGUAAAAAUCAAUAUUUAACUAACAUAGUGGUUAAAAAGUUCAAGUACAAUUUUUUUCCUUGGAAAUCUUUGGAAUUGGUUGUCCUUGAGUUCAAGAUAGAAGAUAAUACAGAGUGCCUUAUGAGAAAUGUCAUGGCUUUGGAGCAGUGUGUUUAUCCAUUUCAGUCUUAUAUCUGCGAUUACAUUUCGCUGCUGGAUCAUCUCAUUAACACUGCUGAAGAUGUGGAAUUGCUGGUGAAGAAGAGAAUUGUUGACAAUUUGCUUGGCAGCAACGAUGCACUGGCAGAUUUGGUUAACAAACUUUGCGACCAAAUUGUGGAAUCGGGUUUGUGCUAUGGAACAAUCUGCAAACAACUUAACGAGCACCAUGACAAUUUUUGGAACGUCACCAAGACAAUCCUUAAGCGGGUUUACUUCAAGGAUCUUUGGACUAGCAGUUCUAGUAUAGUUGCGUUUUUUGUGCUUUUAUUCUCAGUUGUUUCUGUCAUUGUAAGCAUCAAAGAUAUGACCACAUGGUAAAAAAAAUAAUAAUAAUAAUAAAUAAAAUAAAAU